UAUAGUGGUGAACUAACAUACAAAAAACAUUUGGUCGCCAUACGUUCAUCUCGAAACAUGUCUUAAUCCGCGACUUAAAAGUAAAACAGAUAAAUUGGGUUGCUGCUGAAUUAUAAAUAUUAUUUUUAAACUUAAACUUGGUUCUUUGGAUGUUCAACCAACAGCGAUCAAUUACGUCAACUGUACGAUAGAAAGAAGGUUAUACGAUCGUAUUUGGCGUUCACAAAGACGGUUGACAUUCCAACAGCUACCGUUAUGGUGAAGUUAAGUCGGUUUCGCAAUGUUUUGCUACAGCUGACACUGCUGUCGUUGUCAUGCCGACUUGGUGCCGGUCAGGGUUUGCAAGCGUCUCGUGCUCAGUUCAUGGCCGCCGCCACCCAGGCGGCAGUCGGGGUGGAGGCGAGGAUGGCCGCGAUGGACAGACUUGACAGGAACGCGUUCGAAGCAGGCGUUGACCGAGUAAAUCCCGCUCGGAGUGAUUUUGCAGGGCCUCACCUCCUGACUACGGCUACCGCGAAUGAGAUCGGUAGGGUGGGUCAGGCCUUCUUAGACACCGCCAGAAGCACUGUAGAAAGGCUGAGUAUAAGUCAAGCAGACGCGGGUCGCGAAAUAGCCUUCGCUAGGAUCCAGCCGCCGAACGCCCUGCGCUGUCCUUUCCAACCACCCAACUGUGACCCGACAGCCAAGUUCCGGACGAUGGAUGGAUCCUGUAACAACGUGGCCAAUCCCCUGUGGGGGAGAUCGCAGACGCCUUUCGAGAGAAUGCUCGCCCCCAUCUACAAUGACGGCGUGUCUGAGCCCCGGGCAGCCAGCGUGUUUGGAGGUCCACUGCCGAACCCGCGCCUCAUCAGCCGGCAGUUCCACGACAGCAUGUCGAAUCCCCUCGCCGGUUCCACGCACCUGCUUAUGGAGAUCGGCCAGUUCAUCAGCCAUGACAUAGAGUUCCAGGCUCUCUCACAAGGUUAUGCCGGGGCCAACUUGGAUUGCUGCGCAAUGCCAAACAGGCCAGGUUGCUUCCCUAUAACCAUCCCGCCGGGCGACCCUUUCUUCCCGCCAAAUCGCACGUGCAUCAACAUUGUCCGAGCUCUACCAACACCUCCACUUGACUGUACCAUAGGUGUCCGUCAGCAGUUGAACCAGAUCACCCACUACCUGGACGGUUCGGCCAUCUAUGGAUCCUCGGAUGUAGAGGCCCGUGACCUCCGCACUCUCACUGGGGGACUUCUCGAGACGAGCCCCAACGACCUGUUACCGGCUGAGCCUACGACCGGAACUGACUGUAUCCUGUCCACCCCGACCAGGCCGUGCUUCAGGGCUGGUGACACCCGUGUGAACCAGCAGCCGAUGCUGAUGUCCAUGCACACGGUCUGGGUGCGGGAACACAACCGCCUUGCGCGCGGCCUCGCGCUCCGCAAUCCCACCUGGGAUGACGAGCGACUCUUCCAGGAGGCGCGCCGUAUCCUGAGCGCCGAGCUUCAGCAUAUCACAUAUAGCGAGUAUCUUCCGGAAGUACUGGGCGACAACAUUAUGGCACUAUACGGAUUGACUCCACUUUCAAACGGUUAUUUUAAUGGUUACGAUGCGAGUGUGCAGCCAAUGAUACGGAGCGGGUUCGCGACGGCCGCCUACCGGUUUGGCCACAGCCUCAUCUGGCAGAGGGUGCUUGCCCACAAUGGCGCCAUCCAGGUGUCCGAUCGCCUCCUCAAAGACGAGUUCCUGAAGCCCGACCUCGUCUAUACGCGGGGUGUCGGGGACAUUUGUCGGGGCCUCACACGUUCACCGGUGGAAAGAGUGGACAAAUCACUCACUGAACAGAUUACAAACCAGCUGUUUGAGCGGGAGGCAGGUUUCGGCGGGGACCUAGCUGCUAUAAACAUGCAACGUGGGCGGGACUUUGGCAUCCCUGGCUACCAGGCGUUUCGGCGCUCCUGUGGACUGGCCGGCCAGUUCUCACACACACCGGCUGUACAGCAACAGCUCAACAAUAUAUACAGGUCACCAGAGGACAUUGAUCUGUUUCCCGGAGGCGUGUCUGAAAUCCCCGUCUUCGGGGCCAAGAUUGGCCCAACCUUCGCGUGCAUUGUUGGCCGACAGUUUCAAUCGCUGAAGGUUGGCGACAGGUUUUUUUAUGAAAACAGCGGCGAAAACGCUUUUUCCGUUGAUCAGCUUCGGGAAAUCAGGAAGGUUACGCUCGCUUCCCUCUUUUGUGCUAAUACAGAUAUUGGUACCAUACAGCCGGCAGCAUUGAAAAGCAUACAGCCAGGAAACUAUCUUGUCAACUGCAACAGCAUUCAACAGUUAGACCUAAAUCCCUGGCGGUCGACCGGCUGUGUCCCUGUAAACGGCGGCUACUCAGCCUGGUCGCGAACGCCCUGUUUUGGAACAUGGCGGAUCCGGUAUCGGAUUUGUAACAAUCCUCGGCCAAACGAGUGCGGAAUACCAUGUCCACGUCAGUUUGAAAUUCAAAUAGAAACGUGCGGUUUCCGUCCGCCUUUUCGGCCGGUAUUUAGUCGGGCAGACGCUGCUCCACCAAAUGUAGCCAUGAUAACCGAAGAGGUGUUACGAUUGACUGGAGGAGGGACUUCCGCCAUUGACGGCUCCACAAUACAGGCAGCCAUCGCACGUGUUCAGCCUUUUCAGCAGCAGCCUUUUCAGCAGCAGCCUUUUCAACAGCAGCCUUUUCAGUAACAACGAUUUUAAGUAUAAAUGUUUGGUGAACAUUUUUUUACAUACAUCAUAUUCAAUUAUUGUGCAUAAAUGGUUCUGAAUAAAUAUUACUUCCUUGACCAUGUCAGAGGAAGGUCCAGGAAUUGGGAGUAGCGUGGCAUAACAUUUUCGUCAGUUGUUGUGGCAAUGACUGUGUGUUAUUCUUUGUUUUAAAUUUCUUGAACAUACAAGAAUU